AUGUAUCUCUCUAUUCUUGGUGCCUUGUUUGCGGCGACGGUCGGGAAAUUGUCCGACGCUGUGGGGGUGCGACGCCACGCUGAGAUCCCGGCUGUACGGUCCUUCUUCUAUUCCGGCGGGCGGUACGUCGACGAUGGAGACGGGGGCCAUGUCUUUCGGGACCAGAUGUAUGUCGAGAGACUUGUUCCCGCCUCAGGCGCUUGGAAAGACACGCCUAUCGUUAUGAUCCAUGGUGUGGCUCAGACAGGCACAAAUUUUCUGAACAAGCCAGAUGGAGGUCGUGGGUGGGCGUCGCUAUUCAUCAGCCAAGGCUACGAAGUCUACAUCGUUGACCAGACAGCCCGCGGGCGCUCUGCUUGGCUGCCGUCGAAUAAGGACGAGAAGCCAAUCAUACUUUCAGCUGAGGCAAUUGAGAUAGCCUUCACGGCCUCAAAGACACAUAUGCUUUGGCCGCAGGCUAUCAACCAUACUCAAUGGCCUGGCGCGGGCAUCAGGGGGGAUCCAAUCUUUGACGCUUUCUACAGCUCCAAUGUGCAGUUCGUCGACAACUCCACAUAUCAAGAGACAGCUGUGCAAGCAGCGGGAGCAGCAUUACUGGAUAAAAUCGGAAAGCCAGCUGUUAUCCUCGGUCACAGCCAAGGAAGCUUCAUGCCCACACUGAUAGCUGACAUAAGGCCAAACCUGACAAAGGCUAUUGUCCUCAUCGAGGCAGCAGGGCCACCUUUCAAAGAUGAGAUUUUUAACUUUGGUGGAGAGCAUCCUCGGCCAUGGGGGCUAUGGGAUGUGCCUAUCACAUACGACCCACCUGUGACUGACCCAAAGUCAGAGCUUAUUCAGAAGACUCAUCCCCCUAGGGAUAACCUUUCUACCGAGUGCAUCCUCCAAGCUGAGGAGCCCACACCGCGUCGCCUGGCGAACCUUCAGGAUAUCCCUAUUCUUAUCGUCACCGGGGAAGCAUCCUAUCAUAUGCCGUACGAGCACUGCACAGCUGCGUAUUAUCGUCAGGCUGGCUGUUCGAAGACGGAUCUUAUAGAGCUUGGCACCAUUGGAAUUCAUGGGAAUGGGCAUAUGAUGUUCAUGGAGAAGAACAGUGACGAGAUCCACGCCGUUGUUGAGCAGUGGAUCCGGCAGAGGUAG